GUCUGUCACUGCACAAGGGGCAGCACACGCAGCUGCACUGGCUGCGUAUAAAUGACGGCCUUGCUUCCACCCAUAUCUCACACCUCUGGUCAGUGACACUGAGAGAGAGAGAGAGACCCAUCCAUCUUUGGUCAGGGGUCUUCUUGGUACUUGAAAGCUUCUUCUCUUCAUCAGCUUGUUGCUCUCGUUGCUGAGAGAGAGCUUGUGAUGGGAGUGGGGGGGACCUUGGAGUACCUGUCCGGGCUGCUGGGGGGCGGUGGAGACCAUGGCCACGGCCACGGCCACGGCAGCAGAAGGAGGAGGAAGCAGACGCAGACGGUGGAGCUCAAGGUCAGCAUGGACUGCGAGGGCUGCGAGCGCAAGGUCAAGAACGCGCUCUCCUCCAUGAAAGGGGUCAGAUCAGUGAACAUCAACAGGAAGCAGCAGAAGGUGACGGUAACCGGGUACGCGGAGCCCAGCAAGGUGCUGAGGAAGGCGCAGUCCACGGGCAAGAAGGCCGAGAUAUGGCCCUACGUGCCCUACAGCCAGGUCAGCCAGCCCUACGUCGCCGGCACCUACGACAAGCGGGCCCCGGCCGGAUACGUCAGGAGCCAGGAGCCCGGCUACGGCAGCGUGUCCGGCCAGGCCGGCAGGCAGGACGACCAGCUCACCGACAUGUUCAACGACGACAACGCCAACUCCUGCGCCGUCAUGUGAUAUGUGCAGUGCAGGUGUUCUGCGGCUGGUGAUCCCUGCAAGCAAGUGUUGGACUGCAUGGCGACAAUGUUUGCGAGUUCAUCUCAAGUAGCAGUAGUAUUGAAGUAUGGAUGUUACUAGUAGUUUGGAGUGCUGGUUAGGAUUGAUGUUGACAAUCCAACCCUCGGACGCAUAUGGCCUUUACUAACUCAUU